ACUCAAUACAUGCUGACCUGUGUGGGCUUCUGUGUGGGUCUGGGGAACGUCUGGAGAUUCCCGUACCUGUGUCAGAGUCACGGAGGAGGAGCUUUUAUGAUUCCGUUCCUGAUUCUUCUGGUGCUGGAGGGAAUUCCUCUUCUUCAUCUGGAGUUUGCCAUCGGUCAGAGACUCAGGAAGGGCAGCGUUGGAGUCUGGACCGCCAUUAACCCUUAUUUAGCCGGAGUGGGCAUCUCGGCUAUGUUGGUGUCGUUUCUGGUGGGGGUGUACUAUAACACCAUCAUGGCCUGGGUCAUGUGGUACUUCUUCAACUCUCUUCAGCACCCGCUGCCCUGGAGUCAGUGUCCUGUCAAUGCCAACGGAACCGGUCUGGAAUCAGAAUGUUCCGGCAGCUCAGCGGUGGAUUAUUUCUGGUACAGACAGACUCUGAACAGCUCGGCGUCGAUCGAGGACUCGGGUGGUCUGCAGUGGUGGCUGGUGUUGUGUUCGCUGUGUGCUUGGACCGUGCUGUACGUCUGCUGUAUCAGAGGCAUCGAGACAACAGGAAAGGCCGUGUACAUCACUUCCACGUUACCGUACGCCGUCCUCACCGUCUUCCUGAUCAGAGCGUUGACUCUUAAAGGAUCUCAGAACGGAAUCCUCUUCCUCUUCACUCCAGUGAAUUUUCCCGCUCUGGUCACACUGAAUUACCCCAAAUGGAUUUACAUCAUCAUCUUUCUUUUGUCUGGAGUGCCAGCGUUGUUUAUUCCCGGUGUGGCGCUGUACAAACUCAUCCAGAAACACUGCUGCAAGAAAGAGAAACACACAGCAGAAGCCAUCAGCUCCAUGUCUGCUCGAAUCCACAUGAGUGAUGAAGCAGACAAGAGCGAUACGAGCAUUACUACAGUUCAUUCAGACAAUCACAGCUAA